GUAUAUUCAAUACUGAUAAAUAAAUAAAAACAUUAUUCUAUUCUAUUCUGCUCUGUUCUGUUCUACUCAUAUUCGUUUCCUCCAUAAACUUUUGUGCCGCUCUCUUAGGAAACUAUCUCUCCCUCUUACCAACUCACACUUCAUCUGAAAUCUCCUCUCCAUAAGAAGAAGAAGAAGAAGAAGAAAAAGAAAGAAACAAUGUCAUCACUGUCGUACUGUGUGAAGGAGAAGAAGCCGUGUGUUCGGUGGGUUGAGAAAUACUUCAAAGACUGCCUUUGUGAUUUCAAAGACGAUUUGUCGUUUGGUUUUGGGCUUAUUAGUUUGGUGUGUUGGGGUGUGGCUGAGAUCCCUCAGAUCAUCACCAACUUCAAAACUAAGUCCAGCCAUGGAGUCUCUCUUGCUUUUCUCCUCACUUGGAUUGCCGGAGAUGUGUUUAAUCUUGUGGGUUGUCUUCUAGAACCGGCGACGCUGCCUACCCAAUACUACACAGCUCUGCUCUACACAAUAAGUACCAUAGUGCUUGUACUUCAAAGUGUGUACUAUGACCACAUCCACAGAUGGUGCAAACCUAAGAAGAUUAAGAGCACCAAUCACCAAGCGAGCGAAGAAGACCAGAAAAGACCAUUAAUGAACAGUGUGAGAGGAGUUGAUGGAGCAGGCAUUGCAAUCCCCAGGGCCACGCCCAAAGCCAGUAGUACUCGCAGAGAGUUCUACUAUACGUCAGCUAGAUCACUGGCUGGAAGUGGUACACCGCCUUUCCGAACUUAUCUAAGGGCGGCGAGAAGUGGUCCUUCAGCGGUGACCAUUGAAAGUGACUCAUCUUCGGAUGAUGAUCAGGCUCCAUCAGUGCGCUCCAACUCUACUUCUGUCUCCCAACCACGUCCAAUCCCUCAAUCGGCUGCAAGUUAUGCUACGUUCUUAGCGGCUUCAGUGAACUUGCCCCUAAGAGGCAAUGCUUUGCCUUUGGCCCAAGUUUACAUAGGAGUAGCUGCCAGGAAACUUUUACUUCGUCAAGAAAAUGGAAUUGAGGAACAUAGUGUAUAUGGGCAAUGGUUGGGAUGGAUGAUGGCUGCCAUAUACAUGGGUGGCCGAAUCCCUCAGAUAUGGUUAAACAUUAAAAGAGGAAGCGUGGAGGGCCUGAAUCCUCUCAUGUUCAUCUUCGCACUAAUCGCAAAUGGCACAUACGUGGGAAGCAUUCUUGUAAGAAGCACUGAAUGGGCAAAAAUCAAAGCCAACAUGCCUUGGUUGCUGGAUGCUAUAGUUUGCGUGGCACUUGACUUAUUUAUAAUACUACAGUACAUGUAUUACAGAUAUUGGAGGAGGACAAUAACCACUAGUAGAGAUGAUCAGUAUGGGGACUACUACGAAGAAUCAAGAAAAGUCUUAGUAUCUUGAUAGAAUUUUCUAAGUAUGGCUCAGCUAGCUAGCUGUGUUGAUUAUUGCCUAUAACUUUGAAGAAAAUUAGUUGCAUGUGUAUCUAUGUUGUUAAUUUUUUUAGUCUUAUAUUGAUUAAUUAAAUUAAUGUCUUCAAUCUCCUUCUAGUAGAUAGUUGGUAAUAAAUUAAUAAUACAAGUAAUGUUUGAAGGGGUUGUUUGAAGGGUUGGAUAUUAAGAGUUUACCUGAAAAGCCAAUUUUGCAAUAAAAUCUUAUUGAGCGUUUGUUUA